AUGGUUGACCUGGGCGGCUCGCUCGCCGUGGCAUCAAAGGGGUUGUAUUCGACGGGGGUGAGUACGGAUAUUAAUGUCACGUAUUUGGCGUCUGGUGGGCCGGUGGGGAAUAGGGUGAGGGCGGAAGUGACGUGUGAUAAAUUUGGCAAGACGUUGGCGUUCACGAAUAUCAAGUUCUGGAAUGAGAAGGAAGAAGUGUUUGCGAGGGGGAGUCAUACAAAGUAUGUGAAACUUGCGUGGGAGGAUAAGAACAAUAUUGUGGACCAGCUGUCGCCGGAGUUUAUAAAGAAGUAG